UUUCCGAUAUAAUCACAAAUGACAUGGCACAAACGCACGAGCUGUUCUGUUCAUAACAUCACACUCUAUAUAUAGCCCCAUAAACAUGUGUAGUACUCCUGCCCAAACCCAAACAAAAGCAGCUAACCAUGGCCAGGUUUUCGGUCAUCGUGGCAAUAGUGUUCUUAUUUGUGACAGCUUCUUCUGUCAGUUACGCCACCAUAACUUGUGAUCAAGUGGUAGCUUGGCUCACUCCAUGCAUACCCUUUGGAGUGUUUGGAGGCGCAGUGCCCCCAGAUUGCUGUAAAGGCAUAAAAGAGCUGAAUGCUGCACAAAACACGACGAUCGACCGUAGAAUUGCUUGCAGUUGCAUUCAGGACGGAGCUGCAGCAAUUCCCGGGAUUAAUUAUGACCGGAUUAACACUCUUGGUGAUGUCUGUGGCUCUCCUUGUCCUUACAAAGUUUACCCCUCUACUAAUUGCUCUGCGGUAAUCUGAAUCCAUAGGAGGAUUGAAGAAUGGAGAAUAAAGCUUCCGAGAAGACUAUUCCUCGAAGCCAUAUAGCUAGACAGACCUCUUAGUUGUUUAAAUCACAAUGCUUUUGAGGAACUUAUUAAUUUAUACGGGUCGGAUCGUCCUGUAUAAGGAUGGCAAUGUAAUCCAUUACCAUCUAUUAAUAAUAUCCCCUUUUAUACACAAAAUAUAUGCAUUGUCUGUAUGUAUAAACAAUUUAUCUAUGACAUUUUUAUUUUCAUUUUUGAUA